UCGCUUCCACAACCGGCACAGUCCCAGUGGCUCCUGCCCUUCCCCUCCGGAGCAUCCCCGCCAUGGAGCAUCUGCAUCCCCCUGGGUCAGAGCUCAGAGGGAAGCAUUGCUUAAGGAAGCGCUAACUCCCCGCCCCCCCGCCCAGCUCUUAAAAGGGAGGAAGAGGAGGUGCUGGGAUCUAAGGAUGCCCCACUGUGGAUCCAGGUGCUCCGUGCAUCCAAGGCUCCGGAUGCACGUGAUUUACAAAAUGCCGCCUGAAAUGACCCCCCCCCCCCCCUUGCCCUUGGCUUUUUGCACAGCGAGACGCACGGCCGCUUUUCUUCUUCCCAGAACACCUCCUGUGGAGAAGGUAGUGGUAUUUAUUUGCCUUUGCGAUUCUGGAGGAAUUUUGAUCCCUUGCCAAACGCUGCUUUUUCCCCAGAAACUGCAGUGCCGUGGUUUUCCAUGCAUUCGAGAGAGCCUGCGGACAGAGAGGGGCCGCCUGGUCCGACGAAGCCCGCGUAGCUGAUGGCUCCCAGGAUAACGCUGCCGUCCUGCUGCAGGGCCAUGCCCAAGAAGGAUGAUGGUGCUAAAAAGUCGGUGUCAGAGACGGUGCCGGACCAGCGCUGGAAGCUACAAGUCUUCUACCUCUGCUUCUACGGCUUCAUGACGCAGAUCCGGCCCGGGGAGAGCUUCAUCACCCCCUAUCUCCUGGGGCCCGACCGGAACUUCACCAAGGCAGAGGUGACCAACGUGAUCACGCCGGUGCUGUCCUACUCGUACAUGGCCGUGCUGGUGCCCAUCUUCCUGCUGACGGACUACCUGCGCUACAAGCCAGUGCUGGUGCUGCAGAGCCUGAGCCACAUCUCCAUCUGGCUGCUGCUGGUGCUGGGCACCUCCGUCCCGGCCAUGCAGCUGAUGGAGUUCUUCUACGGCAUCACCAUGGCCGCCCGCAUCGCUUACUCCUCCUACAUCUUCUCCCUCGUUGCCCCGUCCCGCUACCAGCGGAUGGCCAGUUACUCCCGCUCCGCCGUCCUCAUGGGUGUCUUCACCAGCUCGGUGCUGGGCCAGCUCUGUGUCACCUUGGGCGGCGUCUCCUUCCUCACGCUCAACUACGUCUCCUUGGGCUUUGUCAGCUUCGGCCUCGUCCUCACCCUCUUCCUUGAGCGGCCCCGGCGCAGCCUCUUCUUCAACCGGCCGGGGACAGCCGGUGACGGGGCUGCGUCCACGGAGCUGGUCAGGAUGGCCGAGGGGGAUGGCGGUGGGAGGGCGCGGGGCUGGCGGGAUGCGGUGCUGUGCCGGAUGCUGCGGGAGGUGGGGGCGCUGGCCAGGCAGCCCCAGCUCCGCCUCUGGUCCCUGUGGUGGAUCUUCAACUCAGCUGGGUACUACCUGAUGCUGUACUACGCGCACAUCCUCUGGAAUGAGAUCUUUCCCACCACGGACAACCGCCGGGUGUACAACGGAGGGGUGGAUGCGGCCUCCACGCUGCUGGGAGCCAUCGCCUCCUUCGCUGCUGGCUUUGUGAAGAUCCGCUGGACGCUGUGGUCAGAGCUGGUGAUCGGAGUGGUGACGGCAUUCCAGGCAGGGCUGCUCCUGCUCAUGAACUCCACCACCGACAUUUGGUUGUGCUAUGUUGCCUACGUCCUCUUCCGUGGCUCCUACCAGUUCCUGGUGCCAAUUGCCAUUUUCCAGAUUGCUACCUCCCUCUCCAAAGAGCUCUGCGCUCUGGUCUUCGGGGUCAACACCUUCUUUGGCACCGUUCUGAAGACCAUUAUCACCGUCAUCGUGGCCGACAAGAGGGGCUUGGGCUUAUCCGUGCAUCCCCAGUUCUACGUGUAUUUUGGUUACUUCGCACUCCUGGCUGUGAUCUACCUGCUGGCGGCUGUGGGUGUGGGCAUCCGGCACAGCCGCCGCAGGCAGCCGGCGGAGCCAGCCUUGGCCAAGGAGCUGUGCCAGCUCCCCGUGGAGAUUCCAGCACAGGAGAAAAGCCCCGAGGCAGGCACCGUGCGAGCCUGAGCGCU